CCGGCCAUAAUCUUUCAGGGUCUCCCGCUCUCUGGUUUCCAUUAGAGGGGCGUGGUUGACCCCUGCUGCACCCCGCCUACUAGGUCUGUCCUCGCUUCUACGUCACUGCACCGAUCACGAUGCAAAUCGCUCUCGUUCUUGCACGCCAUUGGCCGCUGACUCGGUUUAAUCGCUGUCAAAACCCGUCAUAUGGCCGCCACUUUAACUAACUCCUCAGCUCCACUAGGGAAAGUAGCUCCAAUGCGCUUUCAAUUAGCGUGGAUGUAAAACCGCUGUUGGGGACAAGACAAAACAGACUACGGGGGAAAAAAACAUCAGAACUUCAAACUCACAGCCACUGUUCGGAUUAAAUUCCACUUCAUUCCGGAGUUCUCCUUGACUAGAUUGUGUUGCACCUGCUCCGGCGGACCAGCGCCGAAAGUUAAUGCUUUUUUGUAUUGGUUGAGAAGUCCAAAAACCACGUGAAUGUAUAGCAUGAUGAUGGAGACGGACUUGCACUCCCCGGGACCACAGAAUACAAACCCGGGGCAGACAGGUCCGAACACGGGGAACAAAGCCAACCAAGAGCGCGUCAAACGUCCUAUGAAUGCUUUUAUGGUGUGGUCCCGCGGGCAGCGCCGGAAAAUGGCUCAGGAAAAUCCGAAAAUGCACAACUCUGAGAUCAGCAAGAGACUCGGAGCAGAGUGGAAAGUGAUGUCAGAAGCUGAAAAGCGGCCCUUUAUCGACGAGGCAAAACGGCUGCGCGCCCUGCACAUGAAAGAGCAUCCGGAUUACAAAUACCGACCGAGGCGCAAAACCAAGACGCUGCUUAAAAAGGACAAGUACUCUCUGGCUGGCGGUCUCCUCGGCGGAGCGGCCACGGGAGCGGGAGUUGGCCUCGGAGUGGGCAUGAGCGCAGCUGGAGUAGGCCAGAGGCUAGAAAGCCCCGGGGGUCACGGAGGCUCGGCCGGCGCCGGUUACUCGCACAUGAACGGCUGGGCAAACGGUGCGUAUUCAGGCCAAGUCGCUGCCGCUGCCGCUGCUGCCGCUAUGAUGCAGGAGGCACAGCUUGCCUAUGGUCAGCAUCCAGGUAGCGGGGCACACCACCACCACCACCCGCAUGCCCACCACCAUCAUCCGCACAACCCGCAGCCAAUGCACCGUUACGACAUGAGCGCUCUGCAGUACAGCCCCAUAUCCAGUUCACAGAGUUACAUGAGCGCGUCGCCGCCCGGCUACGGAGGAAUUUCUUAUUCCCAACACCAAAAUGCGGGUGUUCCGUCGUCGGCUGCUAUCGGAACGCUGAGCUCUUUGGUCAAGACCGAGCCGAACGUAAGUCCUCCAGUUAGCACGCACUCCAGAGGCCCGUGCCAGGGAGACUUGAGGGAGAUGAUUAGCAUGUAUUUACCGGCUGGAGAGACCGGAGAGCCGUCCGUUCAAAGCAGACUGCACGCUUUACCGCAACACUAUCAGAGCACGACGGCCGGAGUAAACGGAACUGUCCCGCUCACGCACAUUUGAAAUUGUUGAAGAAAGGGAGGGGGGAUUCAGACACACCACCAAAUAUUGACCUCUUUUCGAUGGCCAUUAACUACUUUUGUACAGAAUGUUUUAAGAUGUCCUUGUAAUUUAAGAUAAAAAUAGUUUGGUUUCCGUUCCGAGGAAAUCGAGAGCCGAUAUUGUCACUUAGACUUAACAUGUUUUUAUAAAUUAUACUGUUCAUCAAUUCUAAUUUGACAUUCUUCCUGGCCAUGCCAAAAAACCCCGCGAUGUACCCAUUGACUGGAGUGUUUCUGUUCACAUAUUUAUUUGUGCAAAUUCAUUUUUAAGUUAAUAAGAUCACAUCUAGCAUAACUUGGAAAAAAUGUUUCUGGUAAUUUAUAAAGAGUUUCUUGAAUAGCCUAUUACAUUUGAAACAUUUGUACACGUGAAUCUGUGUACCUGAAAUAUGCUGUAACAUUUACUGUAAAUUGUGAAUAAGUUUUAAUAUUUGGAAAAGACUGGCACGCAACUGCUGCUGUAUAUAAUUUAUGAAAUGCAUUCCUGCCAGUUUACAUUCUCACUUUGCGCUGACUCAUUGUCUAAAUAAAAUUUGGAAGAAUGUUACUAUGGUUCUAAAAUGUGUUAGUUUUGUUAUUUUGUUCAUGGCAUUUCGGAAUUGUUCCGUUCCUUCUCUCACAUCAUUAUUGGAGAACAAUGUGCAACUAUUUGCUCCUCAGCGUAAACGACCAUUUAAUUACACACUAUUGUUAGUCGUUAUUCAAGUAAUUAUUUCUUUUAGUGGGACAUUUUGGGGAAGUUUACUUAGUAAAUUGUCUUACUUUAGACUGUCCAUAAAAUCCACUAAGAUCUU